GCGUUAUUUUUUCAUGAGUACUGUUACCGACCAGUAUAAAACAACGAUAUGUAUCAUCGAGCAAUGACACGAUUGCAAAAUACUUGAUCGACUGAUUCAUCUCAGGUGCAAGGUUUUCAUAGGAAAUUACAUACAUAAAUUACAAUUACUCAUAAAAACAAAAGAUGUCAGGAGGAGAACGAAAAAAACGUGCUUGUGAUAGAGGACAAGGCUGGGAAGAGGCAGGUGCUGAAUUUUAUCAGGAAAGUUACCCUGCAGCAAUUGAAGCAGAUUUACAGCAGGCAUUACAAAGAGAUCCUUCCCAUAUAGCUACUUUACUUCCAAGUAAAAAGUCUCGUGUUGCAACUGCCAAACGAAUACGUAAUGAUACAAAGACAACAUUGAGAAGGCGCACUAGUACAAGAUCUCGUGGUACAACCACAUCAAGACGUAUGUCAACAAAUAUUCAUGAUGCAGCAGUGUCUAUGUUGCCAGACUUAUCUGAAAAUUUAUCCAAUGAAGAACGUACUUGGGAAGAAAUAAUGCAAAUCAAAGCUAUGCCUGUGUGCAUGGCACAAAAAAUACAAUUAAAAAAUCAGUUACAAAGUGCUACAAAAUUGAGAUUGCAAGGUUUUGAGCAAUUAAAAUGGCAACGAAGAAAAGCUUGGCAGCAGUUUCGUAUCAGAAUGAAGGAAACAUAUUCAAAGAUGGAGUUAUGGAAUGAUAGUCUUAAAACAAUUGGAGGAAAUUUUGGAAUGGGAAUAGUAGCAUACUUUUUAUUUAUCAAAUGGUUGAUGUAUCUUAAUGUUCUUUUAUUUUCAAUUAUGUUCUUAUUUAUUGUGUUACCUGCAAUACUAUUACAUAUGCCAGAUGAAGAACCAUGCAUAAAUUCUAAUAACAGUCAUAGCAUAUCUUGCUGUUCAGAGUUAUAUUGGAAUAUAACUCAAGAAAGUAGUAGCAUAGCAGCUUUUGUUGAGGGCACUGGUAUUUUAGAAUACAGUUUAUUAUUUUAUGGUGCAUAUAGUCAUUUGACUUAUGAUACUUCUGGGAUGUUUUAUAAUUUACCACUAUCUUAUAUUAGUGCCACUAUUGGUGUAUUUAUUAUUAGUUUGAUAGCAAUUGUUAAGUCAGCAGCCAGAAGCUUCAAACAGAGGGUAGUAGAAAAUGAGGGUCAAUUUUAUCAAUAUUGUAAUUUAGUUUUCGGUGGUUGGGAUUAUAGUAUACAUAAUGAAAAAUCAGCAGUUGUAAAGCAUAAAGCAUUACACAAUGAAAUGAAAGCAUUUUUGGAAGCAGAAAGAUUAGAGGAAGAAAAACAAAAUCGAACAAGAGAAGAAAAAACAAAAUUAUUUCUUAUGCGUUUGUUUAUUAAUUUAAUUGUUUUAACAAUAUUAAGUGGUUGUGGUACAUUUAUUUAUUAUAUAUUUCAAUUUUCUUUUAAUCAAGUUACACCACAAAUGGAUCAAAGUUAUAACUCACAAUAUUUUUCGUUAAAUAAAAUCACUCACUUAUUCUUUGAGUUUCUACCAUAUAUAUCUAUUGUUGCCUUAAAUUUUGCAGUACCAUUUCUAUUUCGUUAUCUAGUCACUCUAGAAAAUUACAGUCCUUCAUUUGUCAUACGUAUAACUCUUUUAAGAACUGUGUUUCUACGACUUUCUUCUCUUGUUGUCUUACUCACAUCAUUCUACAGACUAAUUGCACAUGAAGUAACAGAUAAUGAAUGUACUAAUAGUGCUAGUAGACGACCGUUAUGUUGGGAAACAUUUGUAGGGCAACAGUUCUUUAAACUCUACAUUACUGACCUUUUUCUUCAAUUUUUCAUGACAUUUUUUGUUAAUUUUCCUAGGUCAUUAAUAGCAAAACAUACAGAAAACAAAGUACUACGUUUCUUUGGAGAACAAGAAUUUGAUUUACCUAAGCAGGUGUUAGAUGUUGUUUAUCUACAAACCAUCUGCUGGCUUGGCUUUUUUUUUGCACCUCUAUUACCUUUAGUUGCAGUAAUUGGUACUUUUCUAUUGUUUUAUAUUAAAAAAUUUGCUUGCUUAGUAAACAGUACUCCAUCAAGUAGAGUUUACAGAGCAAGUAAAUCAAAUUCAAUUUUUAUGUUGAUUUUAUUACUUUCUUUUCUUUUAUCUACAAUCCCAAUUGGUUAUUCUAUUGCUGAAAUAACGCCAUCAAAAUCUUGUGGACCAUUUAGAGGUUUUAAAUCUGUGUGGUCAUUAUUAAUUGUGAUAUUUGCACAAUUUCCUGAUUGGCUUCAGUCUAUUUUAUACUUUCUUGGUACUGCUGGAUUUGGUGUGCCAGCAUUUCUUAUUCUCACAUUGCUUUUAUAUUAUUAUUAUGCAGUGUCAGUGGCAAACAAACACAUGGUUACAGUUUUAAAGAAUCAGUUAGUAUUAGAAGGACAUGACAAACAAUUCUUACUUAACAGAUUGAGUGCAUUUAUUAAACAGCAACAAGAUCAGAACAAAUAUCAUCAAGAGCAGACAAACGAGUUGGGCACAUUUUCAUAA